AUCUGCCACUUAGGAGGAGCUUUUUCGCGGGCAAAAUGGCGGAGGAUAGUGUUAUUGCGGGAGAUACUUCUCUUGAAAAUGGCGCUGCAGUUGUUGACAACAGUAGUAAGAGCCCUCAGUUAACUGAAAAACAGAAAGAAAGAAUAGAAAAGAACAGACAGAAAGCCAUUAAUUUGAGACAAGCCAGAUUAACGGGCAUCAAACGAGGUCUUCCGGCUGAGGCUAGCUCUGGGCCUGCCAAGCUCCAUCUCAAAAGGGACAAGAGUGUUGGCCUACUUGCUUGUCAGCGUGACACCGGUGCUGGCUUCUUUCUUGAAGAUGAUGAUGAUGAUUUGGCCAAUGCAGUGUUACCUGCCCUUGUAGAGGACCUGCCUCCCCCAACACUUGAUGAAAGCAAGCAUCUAAGAUGCGAAGAUUGCUGCAAGAAGUUUGAUGCCUCAUUUCUGUAUACAAAAUUUGACGUUUCAGUUUGUGAUGGCUGCAAAUGCGAUGAGAAACAUGAUCUGUGCACAAAAACAGAGGCAAAGAGUAAAUACUUACUUAAGGACUGUGAUCUUGAUUUGAGAACACCUGUACUGAAGUUUGUUUUGAGGAAAAACCCACACAAUGAUUACUGGGGACAGAUGAAACUAUAUUAUAAGGCACAGAUUAUUGAUAGGGCCAAAGAAAUUUGGGGUUCAUUGGAAAAAAUUGAAGAAGAAAAGGAAAAAAGGCUUGAUAAUAAAGAACUGACAAAGCAAAAAAGGUUUGAGAAGAAAAUUAAAGAAUUGAGGAGAGCAGUGCGAACAAGUACAUGGCAGAAGGUUGAACAAACACAUGAGCAUGAAUAUGAUUCUGAUAACGAACAAUAUGAUGAGGAAUCUGACGAGUAUAGUAAAACUUGUAAAUCCUGUGGACAUGUUUUAAAAUAUGAAAAAAUGUAAAAUUUUAGCCAUGGACCUUAGGGAGGUAACAAAAACAUUUGAGAAAUCUGUGAUGGGUGCUUUGCUAGUUGAGAAGGAUGUUGUGCUAAUUGCCAUAUCUUUAUAUAAGAAAAUAACCAAUUUGUACUUUUUGCUUAUAUUUGAUCAUACAAAUACUGAAAUUGCAUAAUUAUAUUGUUUGUUAGUAGAAAACAGGACAUUUUUUUACUAGGGUGAAGGGGCGAUUGUUCUUCAAACCUAGAAUAUUUACUACAGCUUCCUUAUUCUAAGAACAAAUGUUUCAACUUCACAUGAUAUUGUAAGAAAAUGCCAUGUUAGAAAAACCUCUCUCAGAUUCAUACCAAUAAGGGUGCAAAUUCACACCAUUGAUAUCUACAGUGCUAGGAAAAGUUUUCAUAAACCAUUCGGAAUACCUUUGUAGUGGAUUGAUAUUUAUAAAAAGCUGGGAGUGCUUAGAUGUAGGAACCAGGGGGGGCAUGCCCCCAGUUAAGGAAUGCUGUCUGCAAUUUCUUUGUUAUUUUGGAGAAGAGGCUUGGGGUUCUUUUGCCAAAAACCUAACAAAUGGAGAAACUGACAAUAUUCUAUCUACUUUUUGAAGCUAUAUUGAAAAAUUCAGAUUUAGCCGCUCCCACUCCCUACAGAGGUCCCUGGUAUACCACCUUGAUUACUGUAAAUCCUCGAAUUGCCCCCCCCCCCUCGAAUAAGCCCCCACUGCUACCGUAUAUUCUCAAAUUGGAACCCACAAUCUGAUGAUUUUUGCCAUCUGAGGUUACCUAUGACGUUUUAUUGAAUCACCACAACAAAUUCAUACUUUUGGUAGUAAUUAAUUAAAUGCUCAUAACGAAAUUCCUACUAAAAUAAACAAGGUAUUUUAAUAAUGUCUUCUUAUUGUCUACAAUAAUCUUAUAAGCCCCCCCCCCUCGUAUAAGCCCCCGUUCAAAAAUAUCAAAAAUAAAUAAGCCCCCAGGGGGCUAAUUCGAGGAUAUAUGGUAUGAUUUUUUCAUCCAACUUAUCAAUUUUGCCGAUUUAAGAAAUCUUAUGUAUAUAUAUUGUCAUAUUUUGAUAAAGACAGCAUUUGUAAUUCUUAUUAACUACAGUAAAAAAAUCAUCUUGUAGUUUUCUGCCAACUGUAAAUAAUAAAUAUUAAUCUGCUCUGAUGCGUAAAAGUGUUUCCAUUUAAAAUCAAAUGAAUCUAUUUCACCUCAAAUUCACAGAUUUUAGUAAAAUUUAGCCAGCAGUCCAGCCAUUCUUGUUGUAUAACCAGUUUCCGUGUUUUGGAUCUAAAGUUUAGGGGUGUAAAGCAGACAAAGUACAGCCCCCAAAAACAAAAAAACUGUAACCCCUCAAUUUUUAGCCUACAGGGAUGAACAGUGGCUCAUUUUAAAGGUAAAUUAAUUGUCUCACAGAAAAUAGAAUAUUCCACAACAGUUAAAGACUCAUUGCUAACAAUGGGCCUUUUCAAGUGUGACGACGGUCCAAACAGUGGCAGUAAACUUUACGGAUUAACCAAAAUUGAUUUCAGACUGUCUAAAAAAGCAUUGUGGGAUGCUUGCGUAGCUCUUGAGGCCUUGAAGACUCAUUGCUAACAUUUGAGGCCUUAUAUAUUAUUCAAAAAUUAAGACUUCUUUCUACCACCGCCAAAUCAAACCUUGCCUGGACAUUCUGGUUUUAUAAAGACAGUGUGGCUAUUCUUUCUUCCCAGGGAUUUUUUUCCUGAAUUGCAACAACUUGCUUUGGCUAGUGACAUUCUACAAAACUAGCUUCACAUCAACGCAAAAAAUUAUUAAAACUCACCUAGCUUUUUUAACCUUUGCUAACAUAGCUUAACACUAACACAAACAGGAUAGAGAAAAAAUGUUCAUAUGUUCAGGCUUAAGGGCCAUAUAUUUGUAUUUUUUGUAUUUAUUUCUACCUAGCAUCUGAAGGUAGUUUUUAGGAUACUGAGAAGUUUAUGCUUAUCGAGCAGUGUCCUGGUCCUUCCUCUCAAUGUGACCACACCUCAUGACUCCUGCACCUGGAAUUAAAAAGAGCUGGCGACUCUUCUCACUCUGGGUGAAAGUUUGGUCAUGCCAGGGACUCGAACCACAGACACUUGGGUCAGCCCCUCUAACAAAUGAGCCAUCC